AUGUUGAUUGCACUGAAACCAACUGAACAAACACCACUUAGUGCACUUUAUUGUGCUGCUCUUAUCAAAGAGGCUGCCUUUCCACCAGAUGUUGUCAACAUCAUACCAGAUGAUGGGCCUGAAUGUGGUUAUGCAAUAGCUGUUCAUGCACAUAUCGAUAAAGUAGCUUGUACUAAUUCAGUUGAAGUUGGAAAGAAAAUACAAGAAGCAGCAACGAAAUCAAAUCUUAAAUGUGUUACACUUGAACUUGGUCACUUUUCAGUAAGACGUGGUCUUACGUUGGCUCAUCAAAUACGACCUGGGUCUGUUUGGAUAAAUACUUAUAAGACUAUAUGUGAUCAAGCACUAUUUGGUGGCUUUAAACAAUCAGGUCAGGAAAGAGAAUUAGGUCGAUAUGGUCUCGAAGCAUAUUAUCAAGUAAAAACAAUUGUUGUUAAACUUGUUUGA